CUUCCUAAAUUCAGGCCACGCCCUGCCCUACUUCAAUCUUCCUUUUCCGUACGCCUCUGUUGCGCGGAGAUGGCUGGCGCGAAGGACGACUGGCCGGCGAUCGGCAUCGACCUCGGGACGACCUACUCCCGGCCGUCGCACAACCGUGUCGAGGUCAUCCCCAACGACCAGGGCAACCUCACCACGCCGUCCUGCGUUGCCUUCACCGACACCUGCCGUCUCAUCGGCGACUCGGCCAUGAACCAGGCCGCAAUGAACUCCGUCAACACCGUCUUCGACGCAAAGCGACUUAUUGGCCGGCGAUUCAGUGACACGUCCGUACAAAGUGAUAUCAAGCUAUGGCCUUUCAAAGUCAUUCAAGGUCCUGGUGACCGGUCGAUGAUCGUGGUGCAGUACAGGGGGUUGGAGAAGCAGUUCGUUGCUGCAGAGAUCUCCUGCAUGUUGCUGAUGAAGAUGCGUGAGGUGGCCGAGGCCUACCUAGGCACGGUGGUGAAGAACGCCGUCAUCACUGUCCCGGUCUACUUCAAUGACUCCCAGCGCCAGGCUACCCUUGACGCCGGCACCAUUGCUGGCCUCAACGUCAUGCGCAUCAUCAACGAGCCCUCAGCUGCAGUCAUCGCUUAUGGUCUUGACAGGACGUCCAGCAGCAGUGAAGUGAAGACGGUGCUCAUAUUUGAUCUUGGCGGCGGUACCUUGGAUAUCUCGGUUAUCAAUAUUGACAAGGGAAUCUUUACGGUCAAGGCCACUGCUGGUGACACCCACCUUGGUGGGGAGGAUCUUAACAGCCAGAUGGUGCAGCACUUCGUGCAGGAUAUUCUUAGGAGACACAAGAGUGACAUCAGAAGCAACCCGAGGGCGCUCAUGCGGCUGAGGAUGGCUUGCGAGAGGGCAAAGAGGAUGCUAACUUCCACAGUGCAGGCCAAAAUUGAGAUUGACUCGCUCCACGAUGGCAUUGACUUUUAUGGGACCAUCACUCGUGCCCGGUUUGAGGAGCUCAACAUGGGCCUCUUUUGCAAGUGCAUUGAGCACGUCGAGAAGUGCCUCAUCGAUGCCAAGGUGGAGAAGUCUCAAAUCCACGAUGUCGUGCUUGUGGGAGGCUCCACCAGGAUCCCCAAGAUUCAGCAGCUGCUUAAUGAUUUCUUCAACGGGAAGAAAUUAUGCAAGAGCAUCAACCCUGACGAGGCUGUCGCCAUUGGUGCUGCUGUACAGGCCGCCACCCUCAGCGGCGAGGGAAACCAGAAGGUGCAGGACUUGAUCCUUCUUGACGUCACACCACUCUCGCUCGGGGUAGAGAUAGUAAGUGGUAUCAUGGGUGACCCUGGUAUCAUGAGCGUGCUGAUACCCAGGAACACCACCAUCCCCGUUAAGAGAGAUGGGCCUUACACAACCAUAUACGACUUCCAGACCAGCGUGACCUUCCCGGUGUACGAGGGUGAAGGGGAGUUUACCAAGGACAACAACCUCCUGGGACAGGUCACUGUCUCUGGUAUUCCCCCAGAGCUUAAGGGCAUGGCACGACUCAAAGUGACAUAUGAAGUCGAAGCGAACGGUAUCAUGAGGGUGUCGGCGGAGGACCUGACGACUGGAAACAAGAGCAGUGUCACCAUCGACAAGGGUGGGCUGAGGAAGGAGGAGAUAAAUCGCAUGAUGCGGGAUGCUGGGAAGUACAAGUCCGAGGACAAGAAACAAAUAAAGAAAAUAAAGAUGGAAAACGACAAGGACAAGAAACAAAUGCAGAAGGAAAAUGGUGAGGGUUGGCUGAGCAAGAAGGAGAUCGAGGGCAUGGUAAAGAAGAAGCGCAUGCUGCAGGGUGCUGAGAAGUACAAGUCCGAGGACAAGAAGCAAGUAAAGAAGGAAAACAAGGAAGGUUGGUUGAGCAAGGAGGAGUUUGAGCGCAUGUUGAAGAAGAAACGCAUGGUGAAGGAUGCCGAGAAGCACAAGUCCGAAGACAGGAAGCAAAUAAAGAACGAGAGCAAAGGCUCGUAAGGUUUUCAAUGCACUUAAGCAACGCUCAUCUCACUCCCUUUGCUGCCAUGGAUGCUUAGAAUAGUUACUGACAGUACUUCUUUGCAACUUCUGGAAUGGGCAUAUGCUUCUCGCAUUUUGCUUCAUGUGAUUUCGUAACCAUGGUCCAGUUGGGUCAUUAUACAUAUUGGUUAGAUAUCUACGUA